UUUUUUGGGGAGGGCAUGACAUAUUAAAAAGGAAUCUUUAAACAUUUUUAACAGUAAAAGUAAAUGAAACAUUUAGGUCCCAAGAAAAAUUUAAGGCAAACUAUACAACCUUUCAACUUUUUUCAGUUUAAGUGAAAUUUACAAAGAAAUGACAAGCCCUUCUAGUAGUAUAGACGAUCGGAGAGGAACCGUAGAAAGCCCCGCUCACAAACCGGAGACCCCCAGGUUCCGCAGCUGGAGCAGCCUCCGCUUCUCCCGAUGGCGAAGCGGCUCCCCGAGGACAAGCCCUCCAGGCAGCCCCUCUCCGAAGACCGAGAAGAGAAGUGACGUUUCCAGGACGCUCUUCUCCUUGGUCAAAACCCACAAUGACGACUACACAGCUGACCCGGACGGUGCCCUGGACGUGGACGGAGAGGCCGAGGGGGUCCUGGAGGACCUCCUCCAGGAUCAGUCCACAUACUUCCAAAAGCAGUUCGGCUCAAUGCUCCAGCCUGGCGUCAACAAGUUCUCCCUGCGGAUGUUCGGCAGCCACAAGGGGGUUGCAGCAGAGCAGGAAAGGGUCAAGAGCUUUGGAGUGUGGAUCAUCCACCCCUACAGUGAUUUCAGGUUUUUCUGGGAUCUUGUGAUGCUUAUUCUGAUGAUGGGUAAUCUGAUCAUCCUGCCGUGGGGGAUCACCUUCUUUGAGGACCAAAACACCCUGCCCUGGAUCAUCUUCAACUUCCUGUCCGACACCCUCUUCCUCAUGGAUCUGGUUUUCAACUUUCGUACGGGUAUCCCGGGAGAGGACAGCCACAUUAUCCUGGACCCAAAAGAGAUCCGCAUGCAUUACCUCCGCACCUGGUUCCUGGUAGACUUCAUCUCCUCCAUCCCCGUCGACUACAUCUUUCUGAUCGUUGACCUGGAGUCCCGCCACGAGUCGUCUGACGUGUACAGAACUGCCCGUGCUCUACGGAUCGUGCGUUUCACCAAGAUUCUCAGCCUGCUGCGUCUUCUCCGACUCUCUCGUCUCAUCCGAUACAUCCAUCAGUGGGAAGAGAUUUUCCACAUGACCUAUGAUCUGGCCAGUGCGGUGGUACGUAUAGUCAACUUGAUUGGUAUGAUGCUGCUGUUGUGCCACUGGGACGGCUGCCUGACCUUCAUGGUUCCAAUGCUGCAAGAGUUUCCUCCAGACUGUUGGGUAUCUAAAAACAACAUGGUGAAUGCCACCUGGCACAUACAGUACUCCUACGCCCUGUUCAUGGCCAUGAGUCACAUGUUAUGUAUAGGAUACGGCGCUAACCCUCCAGAGGGCAUGACCGAUGUUUGGCUUACCAUGACCAGCAUGGUUAUUGGCGCCACCUGCUAUGCCAUGUUCCUGGGCCAUGCAACUACCCUGGUCCAAUCUUUGGAUGCAUCCCAUCGCCAGUAUCAGGAAAAGUACAAGCAAGUGGAACAGUAUAUGUCGUUUCAUAAACUGCCAGCAGAUGUGAGGCAGAGGAUUCAUGAUUACUACGAGCACAGAUUCCAAGGCAAGAUGUUUGAUGAGGACAGCAUACUGGGAGAACUCAGCGAUCCACUGAAGGAGGAGAUCGUCAGCUAUAACUGCCGCGGACUCGUCGCCAACAUGCCGCUCUUUGCCAACACCGACCCUCAUUUUGUGACGGUGAUCCUGACCAAGCUACGCUUUGAAGUGUUCCAGCCAGGAGAUUUUGUAAUACGAGAAGGAACCCUUGGUCGUAAAAUGUAUUUCAUCCAGCAUGGCACCGUCACGAUCAUCCCACGUGGCAGUAAGGAGCUAAGUCUCAGCGACGGAGCGUAUUUUGGGGAGAUCUGCCUGCUAACUCAGGGCCGACGGACGGCCAGCGUGAGGGCCGACACCUACUGCCGUCUUUAUUCGCUGAGCGUAGACGACUUCAACGAGGUCCUAGAGGAGCAUCCUCUGAUGAGGAGGGCGUUUGAGAGCGUCGCUGUGGAGCGACUGGAUCGAGUAUCACGCAGGUCCAGUUAUCAGCCUCCAACAACUGAGGCCGAGAUACUGGGUCUCCAAAAAGAAAAAGAAAGAGACUCCACCCAGAAACCUGGAGCAAUUUUUGACUCAUCUCCAGAAGAUAAAAUAAAAACGCAGAUGUAAAAUAGUGCACCAUGAUGGAGAGCCAGAGGGAGGCACAUAACGACCAAAAUGCUGCAUCACUUGGUUGAACCUAUUGCACUUUAAGCUAAUGAUGUUUUGUCACUUAAAUAUGAAUAAUCAACAGUAUGUUUAUGUUUAAUGAAUGCAUUUUAUGUAUGUUAAAAGUCACUCUGACAUGGCUUUUUCUUGUUCGUUGUGUAAAUGAAAGACAUAGAUCCACAUGUUUUUAAAAAAACAAAUCAAGUUUCAGACUGUAAAUCUUGCAACCAGGAAAUCAAAUAAUUCAACGGUUUGAAUCAGGCGUGUUCGAGCAGAGGUGCGUCCUAACCAUGCGCUGGACCUCAUAAACUGUACUUGCAUUUGCCCGGCACUGGUAUAGGUGCACCAGAUGGCGAUGCAUCAUAAAGCCCUCUGAUUCUAAUGAUCCCUAAGAUCUGUAUGUUGUGUCACAUGGAGGUUAAUGCUGAUGGGCAUAGACGAUAAGCUCCAGUGAUGUAAUAACUCUAACUGUGACUGCAGUUGCAGGUUAUGAACUUUUACAUGACUCUAUUAUUUCUUGUUUGAUUUGUUAGGAUUUAUAAUUACCGUCUAAUUCCAGGUAUAUUUUUUAUGCUCAGAUGCGUAACAGAAGCUCUCAGUUUAUUAUUUUGCCAGAAUUUAAAGAAUAAAACAUUUAAAUUCUGCUGAAACAUGAUCAUUCUCAAGCGCUUUUUACUAGCAAGAGAGGCAGAUGUAGAAAGAUAAAGGUUUGAAAUUUGGGGUUUUUUUUACCUUUUUUCUCAUAAUUUUUGGUACUUAAUUGACACUUGGCUGACAUGCCUAAAGACCAUACUAAUAUGGUUUUUCGUUUAUAAUGUGUUUUAGUUUAAACAGGACAUUACUACAGUGAUGAAAAUAUUUAAAUCUAAAGUGUAUAAAACUGAAUGAAGUUUAACGGACAAAUUGUUUUUGCACAUUUGAUGAAAGUUAUUUGGAAGGAGAGGCUCUAACAACCGUAUUAUAGACCUCCACCCUACCUGUGUUUCUACCUACAGUUUGCUCACAACAAUUAUGUAAUGUAAAUAUGGAUCAGUCCCUGAAACAUAAUAAUGAAAAUAUAUUUUUCCAAAGCUGUUGUCAUAAGAUUUGUGGUUUAUUUAUGUUUUACUUUACAAAUCUUUUUAUAGUUUUAGUUUUAAGAUCAAAAAGCAGUGACACCAGCUGAGAUUUGUACACGACACUAGGAUAUUGCAUUCUUUAUAUUAAUUUUUUUUAAAGGGGCUUAUUUAUAGUUACAGAAAAAGGGGAGUUGCCCUUCAUGGCAUAUAUCUUUAUCUAUAUUUCUAUAUCUCUUUGAGUGAACAGUGCAUGCACAGAAAGAAAAUAUUGCAGUUCAUUACAGAUGGUGGGCCUUUCCAGAUGUAGUUUUUUUAAACACUGGAUUCCCUUUGCAGAUUAAUGGAUAUUUUUAACCUACUAAAACGU